AUGCAAGCAACGCAGCUCGUCGCUUUCUGGAAAUACUGGAUGUAUUGGCUCAACCCCGUGACGUAUCUGGUUGGGAGUAUCCUCACGUUCACUAUUUUCGACGUUAAUAUUGUUUGCUCGGGGGAAGAGCUUGCUGUGUUUGAUCCCCCCGCCAAUAUGACUUGCAGUGACUACCUUGCAGCGUUUCUUCGCGAAACGGGCGCCAAUCUGGUUAACCCAGACGACUCUGCGGACUGUCGGGCAUGUCAGUAUACAAAGGGUAGCGACUACCUCCGCACUAUUAAUUUAAACGAUUGGUACUACGGAUGGAGAGCCGCUGCGAUCAUUGUUCUUUUCGUCCUUAGUUCCUUCAGUCUUUUGUAUGUGUUCAUGAACCUGAAGACAAAAACCUCCAAGAGAGCAGAGUGA